AUGGCUACACUCAGCGCCAAGCCCAGCAAUCGCUACCAGCUCUCGGACUGGCUCACCAACAGCUACCUGCUGUCCACCAAUGCCGAGAGGCAGCGGGAAGCUUCCCACCAGAUCCGCCAGGAGGCCCGGAUCCUCCGCAAUGAGACCAACAACCAGACUGUAUGGGAUGAACAUGACAACAGGGUUCGCCUGGCAGAGAGGAUCGAGACUGUCAACCGGUGGAAGGAGAUACUGGACAAGUGUCUGACAGAUUUAGAUGCUGAGAUCGACACCUUGACACAGACGAAAGAGUCUGCUGAGCAAAACCUGCAGGCCAAGAACCUGCCUCUGGAUGUGGCCAUUGAGUGCCUUACCCUGCGGGAGAGCCGGCGAGACAUUGACGUGGUGAAGGACCCUGUGGAUGAAGAGCUGGUUAAGGAGGUGGGAGUCAUUGAAGCCACCAAGAAGGCCCUGCAGGAGAGGAUCAGCCAGGCCUUCCAGCAGCUCUGCCUCUUGCAGGAUAUCCGGCAUCAGCUCUGCUGUGACCACCGGGACAAAAUGGAGACACUGGAUAUCGACAGGGGCUGCCUCUCUCUCAACCACACUUCCCCAAACCUGUCUCUGAAGAUUAACCCCACACGAAUCCCCAAAGACUCCACCACUCUGAAGCAGUGGGAUGACUUCACUAGGUUCAACAAGGACCAUGCAGACACUGAGAUAAAAGCAUCCAUAGAGCUGAGAGAAGCCAUUGUCCUGACUAUUGCUCAGGUGUCUAAGCCCACUUUACCUUUAUCUUUCCUUCCCUCCUGACCUCUGGUUGAGGGUUUGUACAGUGAGCUCAAGUGGCAGGAGAAAAACACCUUAGAGGAGAUAGCCCAGCUGCAGGAAGACAUUCGGCGCCUGGAGGAGGACCUGCGCAGAAAGAUGAUGAACUUGAAGCUCGUACAUACCCGGCUGGAAUCCAGGACCUACCGGCCCAAUGUGGAACUCUGCCAGGACCAGACACAGCAUGGCCUCGUUGACGAAGUUCACCAGUUGGAGGCAACCAUCAGUAUCAUGAAGCAGAAGCUGGCCCAGACACAGGAUGCUCUGGAUGCCCUGAGCAAGCACCUGGCCCGGCUGCAGGCUGACAUUGCAUGCAAGACCAACACCAUGCUGUUGGACACCAAGUGCCUGGACACCCGCCGCAGGCUGACAGUGCCGGCUGAGAAAUUUGUGCCCCAGGUGGACACCUUCACGCGCACGACAAACCGUACACUGAGUCCGCUCAAAGUCUGCCACCUGGAGCUAGUCUAG